AUGAUUGGCAUUUCUAAAAAUGUUCCUACUGACUUGGAAAAAGAUAAAGGAGAGAAUUCAAAGAUGAUAUGGUUGUCUAAAGAUGAUUUUGAAGUUGGUAGACCACUUGGAAAAGGUGCCUUUGGAUCAGUAUAUCUUGUUCGCCAUCGUGAUACCCAUUUUCCUUACGCAAUGAAAGUUCUUUUUAAAAAACAGAUAACUGACAACGGAGCUGAAAAGCACGUUGCAAAUGAAAUAGAUCUUCAGGGUCAUUUGGAUCAUCCCCACAUUGCAAAAAUGAAAACUUGGUGGCAAACUAGUGAUAAACUUUUCUUCAUCUUUGAAUACUGUCAUUGGAAGACGUUAUUUGACAAAAUUCAACAAGAACACCACUUAGAGGAAAAUUGUGCACUGAAGUUAUUUUCUCAAGUUGUUGAUGCUGUGGAAUUUUGUCAUCAACAUAAAGUAAUUCACAGGGAUAUCAAACCUGAAAAUAUUCUACUGUGGAAAGAAGGCCACGCAAAACUAUCUGAUUUUGGAUGGUCUGCUUGUUAUGUUUCUGGUGUAAAGAAUACAACGCUUUGUGGAACAAUGGAAUAUAUGGCACCUGAGUUAGUUGUGGAGACAGGUCAUACUUAUAAGGUUGAUAAUUGGGCACUCGGUGUGUUACUGUAUGAAAUGACACAUGGUACAUCACCAUUUGCUUCCACUGAUGAUGGGCAAUGUAGAAGAAAGAUAAUGAAUGGUUGUUUUAAAGUUGAUUCCCGUCUCUCCCGAUUCGUAGAAGAGAUAAUCGUGGGCUUGAUUAAGAAAAUGCCAUUGAAAAGGUUGGAACUUAGUGAUGUUAUUAGAAUAUUGAAAAGCAACAUGUAA